AUGCCCCGCCCAUUUUUGAAAAAAGGCCAAGGGAUCGCUCGAUUUCAGCCAAGAAGAUCUGAAAAUUUGGAGCAAAAUCAAGAAAAACCGAGUUUGAAAAACUCGAGAAGUGCUGGAAAUUUGCCCAGAUUUACGCCAACUUCUACAGUACCCAAUUCGGCGAGAACUGAAUUUGAUAGUGGAAUUUCGAAUGAAGGUAUUCAUUUUUUGUAUGAAAAUUUAUGAAAAAAACCAAUUUAAAAAUUUGAAUUUCACGAAAAUCCCGCCAAAUUCUCAAUGGAGCGCAUUCUAGAGUUCAAAUUCGAAUUUUUCACGUUCCCAGGGUCAAAUUUGGCGGGAAAUUUGAAUUUUCAUAGUUUUCGGGCUGAAAUUCCAUGGGAAACCCAGAAAUUCACAAAAAAAUCAAUAAUUUUCCAGGCGCUUCACCAUUUGAUGAUCUUGAAACCCGCCCGCCAACAAUGUCUUCACUGCCUAUUGAUCGAGAUUCGCCGAGUGUUUUGGAAGGUAAUUUUAUCAAUGGAGCACAUUUGCACCAAAAAAUUAUGAAAAAUAGGUGGAAAAUUCGAAUUUCCCGCCAAAUUUGACGCCGGGAACUUGCAAAAAUUCGAAUUUUAACUCUAGAAUUUGCAAACGCGCUCCAUUGAAAAUUUGGCGGGAUUUCUGGGAAAUUCAAAUUUUUAGAGGUGCAAAAUAUGCUCAAAUUCUGAUUUUUUAUCAAAUUUUGAAGAAAUUUAUCAAUGGAGCGCACUUGCACCAAAAAAUUUCAAGAAACUAUGAAAAAUAAGUCAUUUACGUCGAAAUCUGAUGAAAAAUUCAAAUUUCCCGCCAAAUUUGACCCCGGGAACUUGGAAAAUUCGAAUUUUAACUCGAAAAUUUGCAAAUGCGCUCUAUUGAGAAUUUUGCGGGAUUUUUUGGAAAUUCAAAUUUUUAGAUGACCCAAUUGAGCAGAUAUUUGGAUUUUUGACUAAUUUUUGAACAAAAACGGGCCAAAACUAUUGAAAAUUCAAAUUUCCCGCCAAAUUUGAGCCCGGGAACUUGGAAAAAUUCGAAUUUUAGCUCUAAAACUUGCAAAUGCGCCCCAUUGAGAAUUUUGCGGGAUUUUGGAAAAUUCAAAUUUUUAGAUGACCCAAUUGAGCAGAAAUUUGGAUUUUUGAGCAAUUUCUGACUAAAUUUUGGUCAGAACUGUAAAUUUUCAGAUUUCUGAGCAUUUCCAGCACAGUUUCAGCCAAAUUUUCCUUCAGAAAACGACCUCGAAGCCAGCACUUCAGAAGAUCCAGAAGAAGAGGAGAUCGAAGAAGUCUCCGCCUCAAUUCCCUCAUUUUUACCCGCGUCUUGCGCUGGUUCCAGCGCAGUCUCAACAAAUUCCUCAGUUUUAUCAGCGGACGAGAAAAAUCGACGAGAAAUUGCAAAAGUUUUGCAUCAAAGAGCCAUGAUGAUGAAUACGGUAGGCUCGGAAUUUGAAAUUUUUUUGAAUUUCAGAAUUUGAAUUUGAAUUUUUCAGCUCGCUUCCGUUUCGCCAACAUCGUCUUCGAAUAUUUCGACACCAAUUGGUGCGAGCACACCAAUCACCAAUACAAAUACACAACAAUAUCAGAAUUUACCUUCAGCUCCGAAUCUAACUGAAAAUUCUGGAUUCAAUAUUGAUGCGAGUUUGGUGACGCCACGGCCGUUUUCAAUGAAUCGAGCGAAUUUGAUGAAAAAAGGUGGGAAAUUCGGCAUUUUUUGAUUAGAGACAAUGGGAAAUUGAGAGAGUGCAGACGAAAAUUUGGUCCAUUUUCCAAUGAAAAUUUUGAAUUUUCAUUCAAAAAUUGUGAAUCUGUAAUUUUUAGAGCGAAAAAUUGGAGAAAAACAGGCUGAAAAUCCACGUGGAAAAUUGAAAAUGAUUGAAAUUUUUGAAAAAGUCUAUUUUUAUUUGAGAUAAAUAUGCUGAAAAUCCACGUGGAUUUUGACUGUAAUUUUUGGCGGGAAAAAUUCAAAAUUUUCAUUUUUCGCGCCACAAAUUUUCCACGUGGAGAUUUUUCGGCGGGAAACGAACAGAAUCCAAUUAUAUUUGGACCAGAAGGGCUCCGCCGGCUAACGCCGGCUCACACCUGACGAGACGUGUCCAAAAUGGACACUGUACAAAAAUUUUCAAAAGUCACACUGUACAUUUUUUCACGAAAAAGUGUAGUUUUCAUUGAUUUUCAGCGGAUUCUGAUGAAAAUUUUCAAAAAUUCACGCUGCAAAAUUUUUUUUGCAAAAAUUUCCACGCUGCACAAAAAUUCUGGGACACUCUCACGCCAGGUGUGCGCCGGCUCCUCCUUCUGGGUUGUCCCGGCUUCGCGCGUAGUGGUAAUUAGGUGGAAGUUUUGGCUCUGCACGGAAAAAGAGAGGUUUAGGAAAAAAAGAGGGGUUUUCAGAAAAAAGAGGGGUUAUGAAAAAAAAAGGGGUUUUCAAAAACUUGAUCUUUUAAAAGCUUGAAACGAUAUUCAAUAAUUGGUUUCAGAAGUAGCUUUUGUUCAGAAUUUUGAGCUUGAAAUGAUCCUUGCGCUUAAAGUUUAUGAAAAGUGAAAAUAUUCCCACAUUUGAGAGCAUAAAGUUUGCAAAACCCCUCUUUUUCGUCAAAACCCCUCUUUCUUUCGAAAACCCCUCUUUUUUUCUGAAACUCUUUUUUUCCUAAAACCCUCUUUUUCCGUUUAGAGCUGAAGUUUUUUAUACGGUUUGAUUUUAAACCAUGCACAAUGAGAAAGGGUGGAAACGUGUUGCUUUUUCUUUAUCACCCGUUUUUCUUAACUCCGCAACGACCAAUCCCUCCGAUGGCUCUAUUCAUAUCCUAAAACUAUUCCGCUCCAAAAAAGUCAUUACUGAACUAUGAAACAGUUUAACUUCCGAGUAACGAAUGUCUUUUAAAACUUUUUUUGAAAAAUCAAAUUUUAACCUGAGAGUAUAGUUAGACAUGGUUUGGAAAAAACUCGAGCGAAACCAGUUUUUUGAGUUCGCUCACUUGUUUGAGUUUUGAGUUCGCUCACUCAUUUCAAACCGGUUUUCGCUCAAAUAUCGCUCAUUUCUGAUUUGAUUAGAAUUGGUGGAUUUUUAGGUUUUCGGAUAUGGGAAAUCGAUUGGUGAUAAUAAUUCCAGAAAGCCCAAACUAAAAUGAUCAUAACUUUUUUAUUUUUCAAGCUUUUUCAAAUAUCUCUGGACCAUUGUGACGUGCUCAUCCUCAGCUAAAUUUUUGCUCUUCGGAGCAAAUUUUGAAUGUUGGUUUGAAAAAGCUUGAAAAAUAAAAAAGUUAUGAUCAUUUUAGUUUUUGUGACUCGAAAAGGUGUAAUGUAUUUCAAUUGAAUUUCAAACAAAAAUCCAUUUUUCAUGCCCUGUCCCUUUAAAAGUCACUUUUAGGCCGAAUUAUUAUCACCAAUCGAUUUCCCAUAUCCGAAAACCUAAAAAUCCACCAAUUCUAAUCAAAUCAGAAAUGAGCGAUAUUUGAGCGAAAACCGGUUUGAAAUGAGUGAGCGAACUCAAAACCCAAACAAGUGAGCGAACUCAAAAUAUGAGUUUUCGCCCAGAUCAUUUGAAAACUCACUCAUGUCUUACUAUACCUGAGAGCCGAAAUGCGAGAAUGUUUCCUUCCGUGUUUUGGAUCACUGUGUAUUGAGUCUAGAAUGACUGUAUUUGAAAAAAUAUCUAGGAAGUUUUUUUUAUGUGGCCCUUUCCCGUCAAAUCUUCCAUCUAUCCACCAUGGCAUUUUUCUUUCAAAGGUUUUCUUUCAACUCAAUAGCCACCGCCCUUUUUUUAUUUUUUUUUAUUUCUGAAAAAUCAGAUUCGCAUUAUUAGGAAAAAUAGCUGGAACGUUGAAGCGUUCAGGUUCGGCUCAGGAAAUAUGGUUUUAGAGAAAAAAGAGAGGCUUUGGAAAACAUUUUUCGGGGAAAAGAGGGCGACGAAUUCAAGCUUCGAAAAGAGGGCGACGAAUUCAAGCAUAAAUGCAAAAUCCAUCAGUUAUUUUUCAGAACCCCUUUUCGAUUCUCAAACCCUCUGUUCCGCCCAGAGCCUAAACUUCCAGGCUCAAAAUAUUCCGACCCCAAAAAGAAAUCAUAACUCACGCUCUCUAAAACUUAUGCAUUCUUCUUAUUUCACAUCUGGAAAUUCGAGAUUCAUUAUUUAAUAAUCUACAGUAGUUUUACUUACUUUUUGUUUAUUUACUUAUUCGCUAGUUAGGAGAAAGGAAAUAUCGAGAAAUGACCAAAAAUUUUCGACUAUGAUUUAGAAAAUAGAACGAUCAGAUAAGAAACGUGGCCUGAUUUUUUUUCCCAAUAAAAACGUGAUCAUUCUUUUUUACAUGAAAAAAGUUUUGAAUUUUCACGUGAAAACUCGCGCAUUUUUUGAAAAAAAAAAUAUUAGCGCAUCGAUGGGAACGAAUUUGGGAUAGAAUGGUGAAGUUCUCAUCAAAAACGGUAUUCUGGGAACAGAGAAAUCUCGAGUGGAACAUUUUGAAAUCAAAAAAUACAUUGAAAUUUCUGACUUUCUUGAAACAUUCAACUCUCCGCGCACUCAAACAACAGUUAUCGAAAAUCGGAAAAAAGGUACCUCGAGGUGCCAUACAAAGCUAACUUUUCUUUUUUUGAUCAUCAAUUUUUAUGAAGUGGAAGCUGAGAACGGGCUCUGGACACACUAUUUUCCGAAAAGCAUGUUUCCAAUUAGUAUAUAGUAGAUAUUUUCAGCAAUUUUUGAGAAUUUUCAGAUUUUCACGAGAAAUUUGGUCCAUUUUCACUGAAAAUUGUGAAAUUUCAAGAUUUUUGGAAAGAAACUUGGAAAUUUUCGGCAAAAAAAAGUCACUGUUUCAAAAAUGUGAUAAUUGAAAAUUUUUAGAUUUUGUGUUAUUCUGUAGAAUGUGUACGGUUGAAGAAAAUCCACGUGGGAAAUUGCAAAGCGAAAUUUUGUGGCCUAGAAAUCCAAAACCUCGGCCACCGCUCAAUUUUCAAAAUUUGAAUUUUUUUUUGUUUUUAGGACCAAAUUCCACGGACAAUCAUGUUUUUGGCAGAAAAACCUUGAUUUUCGAAAAAAAAUGUCAAAAUUUAAGCAUUUUUAGUGAAAAAUGAGGCUAGAAGCUGAAAAAUCUUGAAAUUUCACAUUUUCUGUUUGUUUCCCGCCAAAAAAUCCCCACGUGGCUAGAUUUGGCGCAAAAACAGAGCUAAAAUUCUGAAAGAUUUUGCUCAGCGUGGAAAACUGUACAGAAACAUUUAUAAAAAGCUAAAAACACAGCUGAAAUAGUGCUACAGUACCCUAAAAUUCGAAAUUUUUCAGACGAAGCUGCUGCUCAAACUGGAGCAAGUUUGCUCCAUCGACCACUUCCACGUUUUCAACUUCAAAAAAAUCAACAAAAAGAAAAUGUCUACGAUCUCCCCCAAAACCCCGUGCCACCAAAAACCCCCCGCCAAAAUUACACGCCAGCUGAGCGAAAUCUGAUGGUUCAACUACGCGACACAAUUGCGCAUUUGGAUUUUGCCGAGCAGAAUUUGCGAAGCAGCUCGCGAAAAAUGAAGGAUGAAUUUGUGGCGAUGAAAAAUGCGAUGAAAUUGAGAUUUGAGAAAAGGAAAAUGGAAUUGGAAGAGGAAUAUCGAAGACGAUUUGAGGAGUUUGAAGAGGAGCAGAAAAUCGAGAAUGAAAGAAUUGCGAGAGAGAAGAGAGAUUUAGACAGGGAGAGGAAGAUUGCGAUGAAAGAAAGUGGAGAAAGGGGAAAGGAGAGAGCGAAAAUGGUAAGGAUUUUGGGAAUUUUGGAAGAGAAAUGUUGGGAAGUGGCCGAGGUUUUGGAUUUCUAGGCCACGUCUUUUUUUGUUGAUGAAAAAUGAGCUAAAUUUUGAGAUUUUUGGUGAAAAAUGAGCCAAAAAUCGAGAGAUGGCCGAGGUUUUGGAGUUCUAGGCCACGUCUUUUUUUGUUGAUGAAAAAUGAGCCAAAAUUUGAGAUUUUUGGUGAAAAAUGAUCCAAAAAUCGAGAGGUGGCCGAGGUUUUGGGUUUCUAGGCCACGUGUUUUUUUCUGGAUAAAAAAUGAUCCAAAGUUUGAGAUUUUUGGUAAAAAUGAGCCAAAAAUCGAGAGAUUGCCGAGGUUUUGGAUUUCAAGGCCACGAGAUUUUUGGUCUUAGGUCAAUUGUUUCAUUUUUUGAAUUUGCCACGUGAAUUUUCGGCCUUUUUUAAUUCAGAUUUUGGUCUGGAGUUUCAAAUUUUCCCGCCAGAAAUUACAGUUCAAGGUUUUGGAAGAAAAAAUUAAUAUGUGGCCGAGGUUUUGGAUUUCUAGGCCACGUCUUUUUUUUCUGGAUGAAAAAUGAGCCGAAAAUUCGAAUUUUCCAAUAUUUCUUCGAAAAAAUGAGAUUUCUCAAGAAAUUUUGAAUUUUGAACGAAAAAAUUGAGCGGUGGCCGAGGUUUUGGAUUUCUAGGCCACGUGUAGCUAAUUUUUGAAAAAGUGUUUUUUUUCUUUCGAAAAUCAAGGUUUGUGUGCCAAAAACAUGAUUGCCACGUGGAAUUUGCUCCUAGAACCAACAAAAAAAAUUCAAAUUUUGAGCAGUGGCCGAGGUUUUGGAUUUCUAGGCCACAAAAUUUCGAUUUGCAAUUUUCCACGUGGAUUUCCCGCUCUACAAAUUUUUCUGAAUGACAAAAAAUCUAAAAAUUUUAAAUUGUCAAAUGUUUGAAACAGUGAUUUUUUUUGACGAAAAUGUUUCAAAAAUUUUGAAAUUUCUGAAAAUGUUCAAAAACUUUUAUGAAAAAAUAUCCAAAUGAGCUACAGAUUGAAAAUUUGAGUUCUCCUCGUUUCCCGCCAAAAAAUCCACGUGGCGCGAAUAAUGAAAAUUCAAAAUUUUGAACGUUUUCAAAGAAUGUUUGUUUUCCCGCCAAAAACUACAGUCAAAAUCCACGUGGAAAAUAUUUUUUUGAAUUUUUCUUCAAAAAUUUUAAAUUUCCACGUGGAUUUACAGCCUAUUUUUCUCCAAUUUUCGCUCUAAAAAUCACAUUUUCCACGUGUCUUCUUCCAGAUCGAAGAUCAACGAACUCGAAUCACCGAACUCGAAACACAACUCGCCAAAUAUCGUCACGAACAACGAAGUCGCGACGAGAAAUUGCGAAAAAAAGACGAGGAAAUGGAAAAAAUGACGAAAGAACUGGAAAGAUCCAAAAAAAAUUGUCAAACAAUGGAAAAACGACUGCGACAAAUGCGAAACGAGAAGGAGAAGAAGGAAAAAGAGGAGGAGAUGUUUGUGAAGGCGGAAAUGCGGAGGAAUUGCCCGAGAAGGCGAAAUAAUAUUCAGGAGGAGAAGCAGCAGGAGAUUGUGAAGAAUCAGGGAAAAGUGAGAAGUGUUAGCUGGGCUGAUUCCGAAGAAUAUUAUGAUGAAGAUACCCGCGAAGAUUCGGCUGAUUGUGUAUUUCAGAUUCCGCAGGAGAUGGUUAUGGUGAGUUGGGAUUCUAGGCCAUCCUUAUUUACAAUCUAAGAGAGGCUAGAGACGCAGAGAGACAUAUACUCGCUCCGCUCGAGCCGCUUCGCGGAAGCUUGCGGCAGACAGCUAGAGAGCGUAGGAUUGUUAGAGACGCAGAGGGACAUACACUCAAGCCGCUUCGCGGAAGCUUGCGGCAGACAGCUAGAGAGCAUAGGAUUGUUAGAGACGUAGAGGGAUAUGCACUAUAUAUGGGGAUUGCUCAUGUUAAACCUAGCCUUAUUUAUACUCAAAUUGAGCCUACAGUAAUCCAAAAUCUAUGUGGAUUGCUCAUGUUAAACCUAGCCUUGUUUAGAUUCAAAAAAAACGUGUCUAAGGUUCUUAGGGACCUUAAGGGGCUUAAAAAGGUUAAGACUAAGCUUCUAGCCUUCCUGGAGCUCUUUAAGAACAUAAAGGAAUGAUCCUAAAUACAGUAAUUUAAAGGAACAUACGGAUUGUUCAUGUGAAACUAUAGUAAACCUAGGUUUUCUGGACUGCAGUAAUCCAAAAACCAUGUGGAUUGCUCAUGUUAAGCCUAGCCUUAUUUAUAUUCAAAAAAUAUGUGGAUUGCUCAUUUAAACCUAGCUUUUUUAAAAUCCAAAUUGAGCCUACAGUAAUUUAAAGGAACAUAAGGAUUGCUCAGGUUAAACCUAGCCUUAUUUGUAUUCGAAAAAUAUGUGAAUUGCUCAUGUUAAACUAUAGUAAACCUAGGCUUUUUUUGGACUACAGUAAUUUAAAGGAAUAUGUGGAUUGCUCAUGUUAAACUAUAUUAAACCUAGGCUAAUUCAAAAUUCAGGGAUUUUUUUUUGAAAAUCACAUUCUUAACCUAAAAUCCUAGCCUAAAAUUGAAUUUUCUUCCAGAAACCCGCCGAAAAAGGUAUGGACGAAUGGGGACCAUUUCAAAUCUAUCGAAACACGCUCGGCGAUUUCACAAAAUCCACCAGAACCGCUGAAAAUGGCCAACUUUUUCAAUACAAAAAUGGCGAUCUCCGAUGGAUCAAUCAAUCGGAAUCGAUAGUUCUAUACAUUUCUGGAAUCGAUGGAACUUGUCAGGUGGAAUUGUUGAAUUGCUCGACGCUUUUGAGAUUUUUUGUCAAUCGACAAUUCGAGAUUUUCCGACCGAAUAAUAUGAUUAGUAUGGUGAAUUAUCAUAGGAAUGAUAUUCGGACCGAAGUUAUGUGCUUGGAAAAUGACUAUUUUUAUACGGAAUUGUAAGGUUUUUCUGGGAUUUUUUGGGUUAAAAAUUAAAGGCGCAUGCUGGAGUACUGUAGAAAAAGAACCUGCACAUCUAACUCCUGAAGAAAUUUCACAGAAAACCGAGUUAGAUACGCAGGUGGUACGGUAGUUUGUCUAACUUCUUCUCGAGUUAGAUACGCAGGUUUUUUUUCUACAGUACUCCCUCCAGCUUGCGCCUUUAAUUUUUGGACAGAAAAUUAUUUUUUUUUUGUUAUUAAACUAAAAUUCCCAUUUCCAGAUUCGACAAAAAUGGAAAAGUGACAACGAAAGAUUUGAUUCAACCGGAUUUGGUGAAAAAGUUGGUUUUUUUUUUUGAAAAAUUUUAAUUUUGAACAAAAAAUUCAAAUUUCCCGCGAAUUUUAACCCCGGAACAUGAAAAAAUUCAAAUUUUAACUCUAGAAUUCGCAAAUGCGCUCCAUUGAGAAUUUGGCGGGAUUCGUUUGAAAUUCAAAUUUUUAGAUGACUCAAUUGAGCAGAAAUUUGGAUUUUUGACCAAGUUUUGAAGAAAUUUAUCAAUGGAGCGCACUUGCACCACAAAAUUCCAAGAAACUAUGAAAAAUAGGUCAUUUUACACCGAAAACUAUCAAAAAUUCGAAUUUUUUGAAUUUUUACCAAUUUUUCAUGUUUUUUUACGCAGGUGGUACGGUAGUUUCCCUAAAAACACAAACUACCGUACCACCUGCGUAUCUAACUCGGUUUAAAGUUCAAAAUUCAAAUUUUUCCAGAUACGAGCCCGGAAAAAACUACAGUAUCCGCGACUCGGCCUACGUCAGUUGCCAAGAUUUCGAUGAUUUCGAAUUUGUCGAGCCCGAAUUUCGACUUCGCUAUUAUAAAGGAGCAAUGAUUGCGUGCAAACUUUUUGCACCGAAAAUUUCGAAAAAUGACAAAACUUUGAAGGUUUGUGGGAAUUUUUCAGCGCUAAAAUCUGAAAAUUUGAAAAAAUUUCAGCUCGACAUAAAUCCCGAAUCUGGCGAAGGGAAAUUAGAAUCAGUUCAACAAUAUUCAUCGAUUAGUGGAAUUUCGCAAAAGAAGACUAUUUUCACAUGGCCCGGGCCUGGGCCUAAAAAGAUUUAG